GAAUCACCUUUUCACCUUUAAGCCGUUCGCGGGAAGAACAAACACUUAUGAACCGUUAACGUGUGUGAGCUUAAAUCCAAAACCCUCAAAAAUGCCGGAAAUUUGCGUGCAAAGAAAAGAAGAUUUAAAGGAUGCCGAUAAGGAAUCUUUAAAUCUUGGAUAUUUUUCUAUAGCGGCUAAGGAACUUAGAGAAGAUGGAUUGGUUCGUAAUCAAUAUCUUCAACAAUUUAAAGAAUGGAUUCAACAAAAUCGAGAUAUUGAAAAUUGUAUUACAGAUGACAAUUUUUUAUUGCGCUUUUUACGAACGAAAAAGUUUAGUUUACCAAUGGCGCAACAAAUGUUAUUGAAAUAUCUUAAUUUUCGAAGAGUGUUUAAAUCGAUUUGUUACGAUUUGGAUUACAGGAAUCCAAACGUGAACGAUUUAAUUAAUCGCGGAUUUAUGUUUGUGUCUCCUUAUCGAGAUUUGCACGACCGAAGAAUCAUUAUGUGCAUUCCAAAUAAAAUCGACCCGUAUAAGCAUACAACUGUCGAUGUUGCAAAAGUUGCGAUUAUAACCCUUGAAACUUUAUUGAACGACGAAAAGAAUCAAGUUCUUGGUGUCACUUAUGUUGGAGAUGGAAGUGGUGUUACCCCAGCUUAUGUUGCUAUGUGGAAUGUUACGGAAUUUGCAACUUUACUUAAAUGGGGUGAACAUUCUUACCCAAUUCGACAUAAAGCAUUUAAUUUUACAAAUGUGCCAAGGGCUUUAAAAUACGUCCUCGAUUUUGCAAAAUCAAGGUUAAGUCCAAAAUUGCAACAAAGAUUAAAUGUUUUUGAAGGUGAAAGUGACCUGCAUAAGGUGAUCGAUUCGAAAUCUUUACCAAAAGAAUAUGGAGGUGAAAUGGACGCAUCGAAAAUGAUCGAAUUAUGGAAAGAAGAAUUGGAAGCGAAAAGAGAUCGGUUGUUAUCUUUUGAUACGAUGAAAUUGUUAAGCGAUAAAGGGAUUAUUACAAGAAGACGAGCUGCGAAUUUUAACGAUAUUACCGGGUUAUCUGGAAGUUUUCGUAAGUUAGAGGUAGAUUAAAUUAUAGAUGAAAUUAAUUGUAUAAAGUAGAUCAAUAGGUAGCUAAUGUAGAUUUAUUUAGAAUACUAAAUCCACUACUUAUCAUUACAUCUUUAAUAAGGGAUAAAAAAUAAAUCCAAAAAUUUACAUCACAGCUUUAGGAUAGAACUAAAUUUAUAAAUUGAUUAAUUUGAGUUAAACAAUAAAUCCACUACCUUACAUCAUAUAUUUAGAGUAUAUUUAGGUUAAUAAAUUGGUUUAAACCAAAUUUAAAUCCACUACUGAGCAUCUACAUUUUUUGUAACAAAUUUUAAAAAUUAAUUAUUAGGGAUAAAUCCACUAAUUUACAUCACAAGAUGAAAAAGAAACUUAUUCACUUUACAUUUUAAUUUUAGUAUAGUUAUAAAAUUGUAAUUAUUUUAUUUUAGAACUAGGUACCAAAUUAAAUUGAUAAUUAAUUGUUAGUAUGUUUAAUU